AUGUCGUACCUUCAAGACAAUCCACAGCCCGACAAUGGCUACUACGUUGUUGUCACCGGUGCCAACAGUGGCCUGGGACUCGGCAUUAGCACGCGGAUGAUCGACGAGUUUCUCCAGACACGCCCUCAAACAGAGUCCCUCGUCCUGAUCAUCACGACACGGGACAAGAAGAAAGGCGACGCCACGAUCGAAACACUCCAAGCACACCUGCGCAAGGUGUGCCGCCAGCAUGAGCGAACCCUACCAGGCAUCUCGCAGGUGCUGCAGGGGCGCAUACACUUCAGGCAGGAGCGACUGGAUCUGCUGAGCCUCGUCUCUGUGCAGAAGCUUAGCAAGAAACUACGCGAGACAACGCCCAAGCUGGAUGUCGUCAUCUGCAACGCGGGUAUCGGCGGCUGGACUGGCAUAAACUGGCCCCUGGCUGUCUGGAGCGUCCUCCGAAGGUGGAGGACAGCUGUCAGCUGGCCCACCUACAAGCUUUCUAGCAAGGGCUGCGUCGCGAAACCUCAGAUACCAGCCGAGGAAGGGAGACCACGAGUCGAAGAACCCGCGCUGGGGGAGGUCUUCUGCGCCAAUUUCUUUGGUCACUACCUCCUGGGCCACUACCUUGCGCCACUGCUCGCAAGACACUCCAAGAGCGAGGGUACGAGAGGCAGGUUGAUUUGGACAAGCAGUCUGGAAGCAUAUGGACACACUCUUGACAUGAACGACCUCCAGGCCAUUGCUUCUGGAGAAGCAUACGAGUCGUCGAAGCGACUGACAGACGUCAUGGGCAUCACGUCCAGACUACCGGCUACGUCCAACGCUGUGGACCAGUACUUUGGCCAGUCUGAACAGCCUCCCAGCAGCACAAAACCUGUCAUUUAUGUCACGCAUCCCGGCAUCACCGCGACUUCUAUCUUCGCCCUCCCAUUCAUACUCGAAUAUGCCAUGAUCGUCACAUUCUAUGUUGCGCGCUGGUUGGGCAGCCAAUGGCACCCUAUCAGCGUGGAGAAAGGGGCUGUCGCCAUGGUGUGGCUUGCACUGGCCAAGCAGAGCACGCUAGAUACCAUGGAGGAGAAGGAAGGUGUAGGCAAGUGGGGCAGCGCAACAGAUUUCUGGGGCCAGGAACGUGUGGAGCGGACCGAGGUGUCUGGGUGGGGCUGGGGAGGUAAACUGGGGGAGUAUAAGAGGAAAGGUAGAGAUCCGUUUGCGAAGGACCUCACAAAGGAGGAGAGGAACAGGUUCGAGGAGACGGGAAAGAUAUGCUGGGAGGAAAUGGAAGUGCUGAGGUGUGAUUGGGAGGAUAGGCUGAGGCGAGCUGGCGUCGCGGUCGAGAUGGGAUAG